GGCGCGAAAGACGUGCCUAUACCAAAGAAACGAGCCGUGAAGUGUGCACAUAUCGCAGCUUUGCCUUUUUCUCCAAGCAAUAAUUCAUACGUGUUUAUAAUUGCAAUAUGUCGAUAAGACGAGCAAAACGCGAAGCUGUUGUGAAGAUACAGAAAAUGGAAAUGACUCCUGAGGAUGUUGAGGGACCAGUCCGGCGGUCUUCACGAAACACCUUAUUGGCACCUAAGCGCCUUCAGUACUCUCCGGAAUCAGACAUUACAGCUGAAACGCCCAAAAAAAGGAAAACAACUAUGAACAGUGUCAAAACCAGCCAGAAAAACCCGAAGAACAUUAAGGCGGAGGAUGACUCUGAUGCGGAUUAUAAACCUGGUGAACAUCGACGUUCAGCAUAUGAACUGGAGCGUCUAGAGAACAUCAGACAGAACCAGGCAUUUCUGUCUUCUAUCAACUUAUUCCAGGCAACGGACGAGUUGAAGCAGCUGACACGGCCAAAGCCCUCGCAGAGAGGUCUAAUGAGGUCAAAGACUGCUGUAAAAGAAGUGCUGCCAGCUCGCAAGUCCCUUCGUCUCCAAAAUAAAGAGGCAGAGGCCUUGACACUUCCUCCUGAACCCAGGGGGACGCUGAUCUACGAACAGUCUCCGCGACCCAAGAAGGCUCCUGGUCCUCUGCCCAUGGAUCCAAUCAACAUGGAAGAAGGAAGCAAGCUGCCCUCACAACUUCUGGAGCUCUGCUCUGAGGAUUCAGCAGAAGAAAGAAAGAUGGAGCUUGAUCUGAAAAAGUACAAGUCAGACCUUAAGGACAUGAGGAUAACUGAGGACAGAGUGGCCAAAGUGGUGAAGGACCGCAUCUUCUCUGCUGCCUUCCACCCCUGCUCCAGCAGUCUGUUGAUGGCCACAGGAGACAAGUGGGGGAAAGUUGGACUCUGGAAGAUGGGUGGUGAUUGGGGUGAUGAUGGUGUGCUACUCUUUGAGCCCCACACCCGUCCAGUGGGAUGCAUGGCGUUCUCCAAUGCUCAACCCACCCAUCUGCUGAGCCUCAGCUAUGACGGAUCUCUGCGCUGCAUGGACGUAGAGAAGGCCGUCUUUGACGAUGUGUAUGACAUUGACGAUGGCCUGAAAACAUUUGACUUCUUGUCACAUGACUGUGCAACACUCAUGGUUGGUAACUGGUAUGGAGAAGUUGCCAUCGUGGAUAGGCGCACCCCAGGAAACUCCCACGAGUCGCUCCACUCGUUGGACCCCAAGACUCUGCGUUGUGUUAGCGUCCACCCUUUAAAAAAGCAGUACUUUGCUGUUGCAGAAAGCAGGGAGGUGAAUAUUUACGACAGCAGAUGCCUGAAGAAGACCAAAGGCCAGGCGGUCUCCCAGCUGCAUGGCCACUCUUUAAGCAUAACCAGCGCUUAUUUCUCCCCUCAUACAGGAAACAGACUUCUCACCUCAUGUAUGGAUGACCACAUAAGGGUAUAUGACACAUCAGCAAUGACUGCCAAAUCACCCCUGCUGACAUCCAUCAGACACGACAUGCACACAGGCCGAUGGCUGUCUAAAUUAUCAGCGGUGUGGGACCCCAAACAGGAAGACUGCUUUGUGGUGGGGAGCAUGUCGAGGCCUCGGAGGGUGCAGGUGUUCCAUGAAAGCGGCCAGCUCCAGCACUCCUUCACAGAUAGCGAGAACCUGAGCACGGUGCUGUCAGUCACUGCUUUCCACCCGACGAGGAAUGCAUUACUGGGCGGUAAUGCAUCAGGGCGCCUUCAUGUCUUCUCCGACUGAGAUGAAAACCAAAAUAUGUGACAGUCCUGGUUGUAAGGACAAGUGUACAACUCAUGCCGUUUGGAUGGACAUCUCAGUGGUGGAAACUAGACUCUUGUUUGUUGUCCCCCCUGGAUCUCCAUAUAGCUUUAUAAUAUUGUCAUAAUUCUGACACUGGAUACAAUACAGUAGAUAAUGAUGUGAAACGACUAUAUUCACACCUCUCAGCCUUGAGCCUACUGUGUGUGGCUGUGGCUGUAUGAGCUUCACACAACUUUCUCAACACUGCUAUAACUCUGUCUAGGUGCAUGGGGACUGUGAGAGAGCAGCAGUGUCCUGCCACAAAUUCUGGACUGAAGCUUCACAGCAUUUUGGCUUACUUUUUUGCUGAAUCUUCAGUCACAGUUCUGUUGAACAGCAGCAGGUUCUGCUCAGGGAUUUGUCUGCGCUUUGCUGCAUUCGUUUUACCCUGUUCCCCCUUUAAACUGUCAGGCCUUACUGCAGAGAAGCAUCCCACAGCGUGGUGCUGCCAGCCUUCAUGGUGGAGAUGGUGUAUUUCUCCUAUAUGCAGUGCUUGGCUUAGUCUCAGCUCUAUGUAGCUUUGGGAUAAUUGUCGAAAAGUUGCUUGUUUCUGCUGCAGAUUUACAGUUUCAUAUUGUUUCCUUUCUUUGAUGAAUGGCCUUACUGUCUAAUGGAGAUUCAGAGCCUUGGAAAUAUCUUCUCUUCCCCUGGUUGGAACAUUUCAUUAAGUUUCUCAAAUUCGUCACUCUUGUUUUAGUGUUUUUUGUAUGCCACAAUGUUAACAAACCAGUUUUCAGAUAUUUUCAGUUAAGGUUGCAUUUAAAGUCAUGAUAUGAUCUCUAAAAUGCUAUUUAUCAAAUGACCUAUUAUACUUAAAUGUAAUAAAGUUCAAUGUGUGGAUUCCUGUCCACAUUGAGAUUAUUAUGAGAUUGGGUUUUUUCUUAAUCGGUUAGCAAAGGCCUAAUUACAUCCAGUGUGACCGAAACAUUGAACAUGAACUUUCUCUUUUCAUAUUUACAAUUUAUGUGUUACAGAAUGUUUUCCUCUUUAAUGGGCUGUGAAAGUACCUUGUAAUACUUGUAAAACUACCUAUGGUUCUCCACUUUUUUUUUAUUUGUGGCUGUUAAAGCAAAUAGAAUAAAUAUGCAGUUUUAAUACCAAA